AUGCCACUUUCAAUUCAAAUUUCACCAAAUAAAAAGAUUGGGGUACCAUUUAAAAAAACAUUGACCGUUAAAGAAUUUAUUAAAGAAAUUGUCAAAAGAGGAAAUUUAUCAACAAAUGUAGAAUAUAAAUUAGAAUAUCAAAAUGCAGAAUUAUUUGAAGAGGAUACUUUAGAAGAGUUGAAUAUUUUAGAUUCCUCAGAACUAGUAUUAUUUGAUCCUUCAAUUGAUAUCAAUACAACAACCACAACCACAACUACAACUACAUCAACUACAACUCCACCAUCAAUUGAACCAUCAACAUCUGUACCAAAUCAAGCAUCUGAUAAUAGUAGUGGUGAAAAUUUAAUUUCCACCCAAUUAAAUAAACUUGAUUUAAAUAACAAUAAUAAUAAUAAUCAACAACAACAACAACAAAAAGAUUCAUUAAACUCAACAGAACCAAUUAAAAAACAAGUUGAAUUAUAUGAAUCAGAAAUUAAACAAUUGGAUGUUAUUGUAUUGGAUUUGUCAGGAUCAAUGAAGAGUGCAGCAUUUAAAGGUAGUAGAGUACCAGGUGAACUUGAAAUGUCAAGAAUUGAAUUGGCACAAACAUUAUUUCAAACAUUCACUGAUAAAGCAAUAUCAUUAGAGGUACCAGUUGCAGUUGGACUUGUAACAUUUGGUGAAAGAAUAGAGUUAACAUUUGAUUUAACAAGAAAUUUCGAUUCUUUCUCAACUGAAUUGGGUGAAGUUGUUGCCAAUCAAUGUAAAACUAGAUUAUUUGAAGCAAUUCAAUUAGCUGCUGAAACAUUGGUUAAAUUUAAAGAAAGUUGCGAUGCUGCUGCUACUGGUGGUUUAAAAUUAUCGUCUAAUCCAAUGCUUAGAGUAUUUUGUUUAACCGAUGGUGAAGAUAAUAGUAACUUUGACCCAUAUCCAGUUUAUCAAUACAUGAAAAAACAUAAUAUCAUUUUAGAUUCAAUUCCAAUUGGUUUAGAUGGUAGAGAGCGUUUAUCGUCAUUUUCACAGGCAACAGGUGGAAGUUGUUUCAUUGCAGAUUCGUCAUUAGAAGGUGUGGAAUUAUUUGAACGUGAAGCUUUGUUAUCUUUAUCAGCUCGUGAUAAUUUCAAACCAUUCUCAUUGGAUAUUAAAACAAAACUUGAUUUUAAUAAAGUCAGUGGAACUUAUCAAAAAACAAUUGAACGUAAGGUUGAACCUGCUUUCCAAAAUGUUCAAUUGAAACAAACAAUUGAUACAAGUUCAACUGCAGAAUCAAAGUUUACUGGUGCAAGUAGACGUGUUUUCAAGGAAUAUAAAAACUUUAAAGAAGAAAUUUCAUCCCAUGGUCCUUAUUCACAAUUCACUUUAUUCUUGGAUGAAAAUAAUAUAGUUGCUUGGAAAAUUAUUAUGCAAGGCCCACAACAAUCACCAUAUCAUAAAGGUUUAUUUGCAUUAUCUGUAAAUUUCCCAGAUAAUUAUCCAAUGUCCGCUCCAAAGAUUAGAUUUUUAACAAAGAUUUAUCAUUGUAAUAUUAAUAAUGAUGGUAAUAUUUGUUUAGAUAUUUUAAAGGAUAGUUGGAGUCCAGCUUUAACAAUUUCUAAAGUUAUGUUAAGUAUAUCCCAAUUACUUGUCACACCAAACCCACAUGAUCCACUUGAUGUUGUUAAAGCUGGUGUCUAUCGUGACGAUGUUAACAACUAUAAUAAGAAUUGUGAAGAGUGGUGUGAAAGAUAUGCCGCUUUCUCAAUUGAAGAUCUUAAGAAAAUUCAUGCAUUGAUUUAA